AUGGCGGCGGCGGCAGCAACGGCGGUCAACCGGCUUCCAAGCGCGAAGAAGAACAUUCAUUCGUUCGACAAGCUGCCGCCAGACGGGAACAAAAACCGGAACGAAUGGCAGCAGCCAGACGGAGGAGGCAACGGCGACUGUCUUUCAUUUAAAAGGGCUGAUUUCCAACGGUCGAUUGCGAUUCCAAUUCGAAUCACGGAAUCUGAGGCUAGGGUAUCAAUCACUAAAAACGAAGGACAUACUCUUCGGAAGGAGGCGUUCUUGAGGAGCUUCCUCCGCCAGCCAAAGUCCCCCUUUCUGAGGGUAUGCGCCAGUCGAAGGGGGACAGCCGUCAAACGUCGCCGAUACACAGACACCGAUUGGCCGACCAAUCACGUGCACUCCACUUCUCCUCCGAAUGACCAUCAUGGUCUCACUUUGAUUUUCGUCACCCACACGCUGAGAGUCAGCGGUGAUGGCAGCAGCUGGCAGCAGCAGUUCUUCCUGCACAUUGACAAACACCGGUCAUCGAGUUAUUACCGGCUGGUUGCCAUUACUGCCGUUAAAUGGCCAAACCGACCACUGUUGAUCGAUCGUCCCUCGGAGGUCACGGCGAAUGGUCAGGAG